CAGAGAGAUGGCGUUUCGCCGAGAUCCAGACCGUGGAGCGCCGAAUCGUGCAGGUUGGCGUCGAGCGCCGCAACGAUGUGGAGCUUCAGCAGCAGAUCAGCACCUAUGUGGCCGGCAUCGUUGACCUCCAGCAGGGCAGGCAUGAGCUGGAGACCGUAAGUAUGCGCUUGAGGGUCACUGAGGCAGGCGAGGGACGGCCUCAGGCUCGAGUACGACGGGCCAAGCAGUACUUGAACCACGAGAAGCGCGAGUACGAGCAGCAGAUCGGUCGUGCUCGGCAUGCGGCUACCACCCACAUCCAGCAGGAGUUGCAGCAGUGCGUCGAGGAGCGCGACGCUGCGAUGGUGCGGUCCAGGGAUGUCCACAAGGCAGAGAUGCGGGUCUUGGAUGCCGAGGCAAUCACGUCUUGGUUACAGGCCGAGUGGACCGAGGCGACCGAGCAGGUCCAGAGCGCCGAGGCGAAGGUGCAGCAGAGAGGCAUCGCAAAGGACCAGCAUUUCGAGCGUCUCAAGGCGGAGGCGAGCGACCUGAAGUUCAAGUUGCAGGAGGAGUCCGAGAUCGCGCAGUUGGCGCGGCGGCGGCUGACUACACGUGCCCAGUCGUCGGACGAUCAGCUGCGCGGGGAGCUCAACGACGCGGCCAUGAAGUGCGAGAUGGUGGAGGCCGAGGCGUCCAGGCAGAUCGCGGCUGCGUGGGCUGAGUGCAACGUGAAGGUCGAAUCAGCUCAGCACGAGGAGCGGGAACACAAGCGAGGCGCAGAUUCGGCCAGGGUGAAUUUCUACGCAAGCCAGGCUUUGCACAACACCGAGAAGGAAUACUACGAGCACGAGGUCGACGAGUUGCGCGCCGAGUCCCGCGAGUUGAGGGACGAGAAGGCGGCCUUGGCGAGGGCGGCCCAGGAGCUGAUGGACAUCCAAGCUCCAGGACCGCAUGAGCAUGAGUACGCCGAAGGCCAUUGGGAGCAGCAGGACGACAUGGAUUUCGGCAGUCGGACUGGACCAGUCGAUCCAGGACCUGCGGUCCCACCAGGACUCUCGAGGCAGUCGGCGGCAACGCCGGGUGCAUCGUCCCAGGACGCUGGCAUCGCCGCAGCCAUGAUGGAGUUCAUGCGCCAGAUGGCCGACCAGCAGCGUGCUGGGGUCGAGGAGCAGAGCGCGCUGCUGAAGGGGCUUACGCGCGCCCAGGAGAGCUUGGCCGAGGCGCAGCGCGAAUCCCAGUCGAAGCUGAAGCCAGCGAAGCCUUCGCUCACGGGCAAGGAUGCGAGCACCUUGAAAGUCGAGCUUGAGAAGUUCCGCACCUACCAGAACGAAGCGCGCCAGAACAGCAAGGCGAUCUGGUUCGAGGGCGCGAGGGCCAUCGCUGAGGGCACCGCGAAGAUCGAGCUCGAAGACAUGAUCGUUACCGAGAUGGGUGGCGAGGAGGCUUUCCAGAAGCUGGUUCGUGUUCGGGACGAUCCGCGAUGGGACCUCUAUUG